AUGAUUUUAGCAUCACCGAAGCUGCCAAACAAAGUUAACCUUUUCUUGAUAGUAAAGUGGUGUUGCUUUAGUGAGGCAGAGCUCGAAAAAUCAGGUUUUGAUCCUUUAGAAGGAUCGUCGAUCCGAUAUCCCGCCAAUGAGUAUCUGCGUCAGUUCGAGAUGGACAUCGUCAAGUCAUGCGUCUCAAAGAAUUCGGCCGUCUGCCUUCCGAUGGCCGUGUCAGCUGACCACAUCUGUGCCGUAGUGACAGCCAAUUUCUUGAGGUGGUUUCCACGUAGUCGCUCUGUAUUCUGCUGUAAUUCACUCGAAGAUGCGCAAGUGUUUCAGGAACGGUGUGUGGUUAUUGGAAUCCCAGCCGAUGAGGUCUCUAUUUUGGACUCGUUCCAUAUGUUCAAGAAAAUUCCAGUCCAUAAACUGGGACGAGUAAUGGUUAUUCACGCCGCAAGUCAGUUUGCAUUUGAGAAAAUCGUGGAAUCAGAUUCACCAGUGGUUGGCGAUAUCCGAUGUGCGGUGUUUUGUCUCGAGUCAGAAAGUGUUGGUAUAACCAAAUAUAAAAAAAUUAUAGGAACGUUAACUUUGAAAGAAGGCCCAUUGAGGAAACGCCAGCAGAUUAUAACAUCUCUCAUCAUCUCGCAGUGGAUUGAACCGCCUGCUUCUGAUUCAUCAUUUAGGAAUAACUCUGUUCCAUUGGGCUUAUCCGUGGAAUACAUAGAAAAUGUGGAGGUGCUAUCAGAGUCGCGAUCAUUCACAGAGAAAUGGCUUGAGAAAACAGUCAUAUACUUGGAGAGCUUAAACGACCUAAUUCCUUUGCCGUCAACGAAGCCGCAAGAUCUUUUCACGAUCGAUUGGACACAAAUAUCGGCUAAAGCUAGUUCCUCUCCAGACGAUACGAUACAGCUGGUGGUGAACUGUAUGUUUCUUGUGGAAUCAACGCGAAAUUUGAUAGUUCACGGACCGAGGGUAUUCUAUUUGUACUGUGCUGAUUUGUUGGGUACAGCUGAGAAAGAGUCUCGAGCCGGAAGUAUAGCACUAAUGAUUCUCGGUGAUCCAAUUUUAUCUAAAGUUUACGACAGGAUCCAAGCGAAAUAUUCCUAUGGAGCUGAUUCCCAUUUCGACAUCACAUUCUCGAAGGUGUCCCAAAAUUCUCAUCCGAAGUUUCUGCGACUCAAGAACCUUCUCGCAAAACGCUCUGCUCCACUGAAAUGCUUAGUGCUAUGUGAAAAUGAAUAUGUAUCCCGUGUUGUUUGCGAGUCCCUGGACACACCUCAACAACGGAGUGGAUUGAUUCGCGUAGUGCCUCAGACGGGAGUUCCGCCUGCUUUUGCUGAGUACCAUCGCUUGCCCAACCAAUGCUCAGGACUUUGUAAUCAGCAGGUAAGUUCUCUCAUGCUACCUGAAGAUGCCCUCAUCGUCGUUGUUAGUGUUAACAUACCGAACUUUACGAAUGUAGUGGACACGAUAUGCUCUAAUCGAUUGGACAUUGUUGUAUCAAUGGAUAGGAGGUAA